AUGGUAAAGCCACUUCAAGCUGGUGUAAAAUUCUUUGCAAUUUUUGAUUCAUGUCAUUCUGGAUCCGCACUCGAUUUACCAUAUACAUAUUCUACUCGCGGAAUGAUUAAAGGACCUAAGUCACUUACUGAAGAUAAAGGUCAACUUAUGAAAGCAGGAAUGUCACUUUUGACAGGUAAUACGAAACAGUUAAUGUCAUUUGCUAAGAAAAAUGCGCCAUCAAUUAUGAGAACUGGGAAAAAUUUCAUGAACAAGUCGAGUAAAGCAGAUGUGAUCUCGUUAAGCGGGUGCAAAGAUGAUCAGACAUCAGCGGAUGCUUUUGAAGAUGGGCGUAAUACAGGAGCUAUGUCUUAUGCUUUUAUAAAAACAAUGAGAGAAUCUAGAGACCUUACCUACCAGCAGCUUUUAAACAAUAUUAGGGAUAUUCUUGCAUCUAAAUAUACUCAAAAACCUCAACUCAGCACAUCACAUCAUAUUGACAUGAGUUCAAAAUUUAUAUUGUAA